AGUGGAAGCGUUGAAGGAGAGGCGCUGCUUGGAUCCAUGACGCAAGAAAGCGCAAGUCUGCACCUCUCAUUAAGAGACCACCACACACACACACACACACACACACACACACACAGUCUAACAUUUACACACACACAGUCAUCAGGAGGGCGCUGACUCUCUCCGGACCCGUUCUCCUCCGCGCUGAAGAGUUGGCGGUGUUGAGAAUGCUCGCCCUGAUCUCCGCUCUGCUGCUGCUGCACAGUCUCCCUGUUGCCCCAGUGACAGUCAGCACCACCCAAUCCAAAGUAGAAGUGCAGGAGAAUUCUGACGCCGUGCUCUCUUGUCUGUUUAAGACGGAGAAAGAUCAAAAUCCUCGCAUCGAGUGGAAGAAGAAAGAUAACGGAAUCUCCAUGGUUUACUUUGAGGGCAACUUCACAGGACCCUUUAAGGGACGUGCAAAGAUUGAAGGGGCAACAGUGACGUUGUACAAGGUCCAGCUAAAGGACGCAGGACUGUAUCGAUGUGAGGUCAGCGCCGCAGCUGACUCUGUUCAGCUGGGAGAAACCAACGUCACUCUCAAAGUACUGGUACCUCCACACAUUCCGUUUUGUGAGAUUCCCAGCUCUGCGCUGACUGGCUCACUGGUUGAGCUGCGCUGCAGUGACCAGUACAGCAUUCCUCCCGCAGUUUACACCUGGUACAAAGACAAGAAACCACUUUCCUCUCCACGUGCCAACGCCACGUACACCAUCAACAGAAACACCGGCAUUCUGACAUUUCAAACAGUCACUAGAGCUGAUGCAGGACAGUACCACUGUGAGGCCAGAAACGGGGUAGGACAGCCAAAGAGCUGUGUAGGAAAUCACAUGACCAUUGAUGACCUGAACGUUACAGCAAUAAUAGCAGGGAUAGUGGUGCUGUGCCUGGUCAUAUCAGUGUGCACUCUUGGGGCAUGGUAUGCCCACCGGCAAGGCUACUUUAGCCGACACAGAGGAAGGUCAUUCUGGAUCCCACAGUGUCAUGGAGCAGCUCACAUCAGCAGCCAGAACCUCAACAGAACAGAGGACAUCCCCCAUGCUGGCUAUGGCUCUCCUCCACAAGACACUCAGGACUUCAAGCACACUCAGUCCUUUAUGCUGUGAGGAACCAUCAGCCUCAGUCAACACAAACACAUGUUCAGCAUUAACAGAAACACUGGAACCAAAGGGUCUGUGCCAUAAAUGACGCCAGCUCACACUGCCGUUGUGGAUAGAGAGCAAAAUGGAACAGCCUUUUUCAUCUCGUCUCACUGCUGCUGUGAGCACCCUUUCAGACAGACUUUCAGAAAAAAGGACUGCUUGUGUGGCAAUGCUAUGUGGAGCUCAAUCGUUGAAAAUGUAUUUUACUACUGCCCCCUUGUGGUGUCCAAUGGCUAUGCACGUUGCAGUGGACGUUUCCGUUGUCCACCUUCGCCCUCUGGUGGUACUUUGUGUCCACACAAAGCUGAUGGUUCACUGAAUCAAAUUUACACAAUUGUCCCCUUAACCCAAAUGUAAUCAGUCAGCCAAGACAGGUUUGUUGCCUGAAAUUUGCUUGAAGUUUUGCAGUGGAGCAAACUUUAGACAGCUGAUCAUCUGUGUUACAGUACAGAGACUUUAAAUUACAUUCGUUCAUUCAUUUUUUCUGGGGCAAAACUGAGGUGGACCCAAAACCCUGAUAGCAUGAAGUUCAUCCUGAAGGAAAAUUCCACCAAUUGUUUUUACACUUACAUUUCUGCGUGAUUGAGCUGUUAGAGAUAUUUAGAGUGGACUGAUAUCAAAAGCUCUAUUGUAGAGAAACUUAUGGCGUCAGAAUUGUUCACAGUGGUGGUAAUGGAAACCGGACGUCUCAAGAGAUGAAUGCCUCCAUUAAAUGAAAGGGUUAUAAAUACGCAGCCUGGUGACAUUUUACAAUAGUUCUGUGAAAAGCUUUCGGCCUGAAACUGAUUUUUAAAAUGCAUUCAUGGCAGACAGAAGCAUGCAGGGUGUUAUAGGGCAAACUAUUUCCCAAAUAAAACUUUAUUUCUCACUAUUUCACCAGUCAACAUUACAUGUAAACAUUCAGAAAGCCACAUACAGGUUGUGUCACUGUUUUGUAUAACAAAUAAAAUGGCUAGAUUAGCGAAUUACUCCUGGUUCCCAUCAACACCACUGUAAAGAAAUCAGGAAGUUUCUCUACAGUUAACCAUUUUAUAUAAAACCUUAAUGAUGAAAAUAUUAUGAAAUUGUAAACAAACUGGUGGAAUUACCCAUUUAAAAUAGUACAUAGGACUUCUCUGCUGAGGAAGAACCCCUGCACAGACCAGCAUUAAUUCCAAGCUUGUUUACCUGGUCACCCAGCAUACCAUCAUCCAAAACGCAACACGCGCUGGAUCUUCUAGCAGAGUUAGAAGCCUGUGGCUAACGGUCAAGAUGAUCUUAAUACUAUGCUUUUGGAGAACCAGAUGCCGGUUCACAAGCUACCUGUAUUCAGUUGUGCCUUAUAAGGGAACUACACUAGGAUGCUACAUUCACUGGUUAGCACGUUAACUGGAUCAGCAUGUAUGCUGCCUGCAAGUCUGAGAACACUUUUGCAUAUUUUUGUUAACAAUGUUGCUUUCAGUUGAAAGCGGUUUAGGUCUUGGUGGUGUUCUUCGAAAAAAUGUCAAAACUUGCAACAAUUGGCAAAAAUACAAAUUUGUGAGCAAGGCAAAGGAUUGACAAAGCACUUCUUGUAAGUCGCUCUGGAUAAGAGCAUCUGCUAAAUGCUGUAAAUGUAAACGUAAGGCCAAAGCUGACGCUUUUUCCCCUUGUCUGUCAGCAUGGACACCUUUCAGCUGUUUAAACCUCAUCUGGGCCAAAAGCGUUUCAAUAUGUGCUUUUAAACAAAAGUUUGGAGAAUAAAGCCAUCAAAUCAUUUAGACAAAACCGGCUCUUCAUACCAAAGAACAUCCUUUGAUAAACAUGAGAAAAGACGCUACUCUGAAAACAUCAAAAGAAGGCAAUCUGUGUCCUCAAAACUGACAGACAGCUCAAAGAGUAAUAACUCCAUGCAAGACUGAGGCUAGUCAGCUCACUAACCUAAUCUAGCAUUGAAGUGUACCACCCAAGAGUGAAAUGAUUUAGUAUUAUUAGAUAUUUGUACAAAGACAUUAUUUGAACCUGUGCCUUUCUUCUUAGCUGUACAGUAUGUGUUCCAAAUGGAGUGCAUGGAUGUGAAACAGUGAAUGAAUGAUUUACUGUG